UUCUUGUCCUCCUGCUGCUCAUACUCCUCUCACCGCCAAGCAUCCUCCUGGGACUCGAUUUAGUCACUACCGCCACGUAUGUUUGACUCCUUUUAUGUUUGCGGUCACUAAACGAAGAUUGGAGAUGAGAGAGUCUCGACUGGUUCUGUGGCUGACAUGAGUGUUGCUAGAGCUCCCUGCGUUCCCUUGCGGCAGGUCGAUAACGUCAAAGAGCAAACGUGCGCUGCGCAAUGCUGUGGACUUUCUGGAUCGGGCUCAUCGCAGCCCUGGUGGGGACAGGCAUGUAUUUCACCUUCGCGGAGGAUGCUGUCUAUCAGGACCCAGAUACCGGCCUCACCUUCUCGACCAUGUUUAGGCGUUACAAGGCCGAUGGGCGCGGGAUAACCUUCCGGGUCGCGACGCCAAGCGAUGCCCAGAGCUACACCGCAUAUGAUGCCGUCGUCCAGAUGGUCGUUCCGAACGACGUAGGCUGGGCCGGCCUCGCCUGGGGCGGCUCCAUGCCCAGGAAUCCCCUUUUGAUCGCCUGGAGGGGCACCAGCAACAAUGUCGUUUUGUCAUCCCGUUGGGCCAACGGCCAUGUGAUGCCGCAAGCCUAUACCGGAGCCCAGUACACCCUCUUCAAAACCGGCACCAAGACCAACUCGACCCACUGGCAGUUUACCGCUCUCUGCAAGGGAUGCACCUCGUGGACUGCCGACGGCACGACGCGCUACCUCAACCCGUACGGAGGUAACCGGCUGGCGUUUGCCUAUUCCCCGACCAAGCCCGCCCAGCCCAACAGCGCAACGUCGACCAUUUCCAUCCACGAGGUCCACGACUACUGGUCACACGACUUUGCCCAGGCCCAAAACCCCAAUUUUGCGGCUACGGUUCAGAGGCUUACGUCGUGAGGGUUUAGGGGUGGACUCGGAAGGAAUCGAGACGGCUAAAACUGUACUGUACAUACAUACAUGAAGUGGAGGCUGUGGGUGGGUGAUGCGGCGGGAAGGCUGAAGGUUCAUGUUGCCUUGCCAUGAAGGCUGAUGACAUGCUUGACGUACAUAACUAGACUGGGGUGAAUGCACUGCAUAGGGCCUUGUGCCUUUCUUCAAACAAGUUGUGUGUCCAAAUGUCAUAGAACCGGCAGCGGGGACCCGAGGCUCGGCCUUGAUGGGACUUACCUAAGUAGCCACCCCAUCUGCCUAUGAUCCAAUCAGAUAUCGGUACCUUGCUUCUUUGGGAAAGAGAAGGCGAAUGAAUAAUGUAGCUCUGAGAGUAUGACAAGAGAAC